GGAGCCGGACCUAAGAUGGCAGCGGCGGCAGCGACGGCUGUGGGGCCGGGUGCGGGGAGCGCGGGGGGUGCGGGCCCGGGUGGCGCCGGGCCCUGCGCGACAGUGUCGGUGUUUCCCGGCGCCCGCCUCCUCACUAUUGGCGACGCGAACGGCGAGAUCCAGCGGCAUGCGGAGCAGCAGGCGCUGCGCCUCGAGGUGCGCGCUGGACCAGACGCGGCGGGCAUCGCCCUCUACAGCCAUGAAGAUGUGUGUGUGUUCAAGUGCUCAGUGUCUCGGGAGACAGAGUGCAGCCGCGUGGGCAGGCAGUCCUUCAUCAUCACCCUGGGCUGCAACAGUGUCCUCAUCCAGUUCGCCACACCCCACGAUUUCUGUUCUUUCUACAACAUCCUGAAAACCUGCCGAGGCCACACCCUGGAACGCUCUGUGUUCAGUGAGCGAACAGAAGAAUCCUCAGCUGUGCAGUACUUCCAGUUUUAUGGCUACUUGUCACAGCAGCAGAACAUGAUGCAAGACUAUGUGCGGACAGGCACCUACCAGCGUGCGAUCCUGCAGAACCACACCGACUUCAAGGACAAGAUUGUUCUCGACGUGGGCUGUGGCUCUGGGAUCCUGUCAUUUUUUGCUGCUCAAGCAGGAGCCAGGAAGAUUUAUGCAGUGGAGGCCAGCACCAUGGCUCAGCAUGCCGAGGUCCUGGUGAAGAGUAACAACCUGACAGACCGCAUUGUGGUCAUCCCUGGCAAGGUAGAAGAGGUCUCAUUGCCUGAGCAAGUGGACAUUAUCAUCUCAGAGCCCAUGGGCUACAUGCUCUUCAAUGAACGCAUGCUUGAGAGCUACCUCCAUGCCAAAAAGUACCUGAAGCCCAGUGGAAACAUGUUCCCCACCAUUGGUGACGUCCACCUCGCACCCUUCACCGAUGAACAGCUCUACAUGGAGCAGUUCACCAAAGCCAACUUCUGGUACCAGCCAUCCUUCCAUGGAGUAGACCUGUCGGCCCUCCGAGGCGCUGCUGUGGAUGAGUACUUCCGGCAACCUGUUGUGGACACAUUUGACAUCCGGAUCCUGAUGGCCAAAUCUGUCAAGUACACAGUGAACUUCUUAGAAGCCAAAGAAGGCGAUUUGCACAGGAUAGAAAUCCCAUUCAAAUUCCACAUGCUGCAUUCAGGGCUGGUCCAUGGCUUGGCGUUCUGGUUUGAUGUUGCUUUUAUUGGCUCCAUAAUGACUGUGUGGCUAUCCACAGCCCCAACGGAGCCUCUGACCCACUGGUACCAGGUCCGGUGCCUCUUCCAGUCACCGUUAUUUGCCAAGGCUGGGGACACGCUUUCAGGGACAUGUCUGCUUAUUGCCAACAAAAGACAGAGCUACGACAUCAGUAUUGUGGCCCAGGUGGACCAGACAGGCUCCAAAUCCAGUAACCUGCUGGACCUGAAGAACCCCUUUUUCAGGUACACGGGCACUACUCCUUCUCCUCCACCUGGCUCUCACUACACAUCUCCCUCCGAGAACAUGUGGAACACGGGAAGUACCUACAAUCUCAGCAGCGGGGUGGCUGUGGCUGGAAUGCCUGCUGCCUAUGACCUGAGCAGUGUUAUUGCGGGCGGCUCUAGCGUGGGUCACAACAACCUGAUCCCCUUAGCCAACACAGGGAUUGUCAAUCACACCCACUCCCGGAUGGGCUCCAUAAUGAGCACGGGCAUUGUCCAAGGCUCCUCAGGUGCCCAAGGAGGCAGCGGUGGCUCCAGUGCCCACUAUGCAGUCAACAACCAGUUCACCAUGGGUGGCCCUGCCAUCUCCAUGGCCUCACCCAUGUCCAUCCCAACCAACACCAUGCACUACGGGAGCUAGGUGCCUCCAGCGGCAACACCACUGCGCACUGACAGCACCAGGAAACCAAAUGAAGUCCACGCCCAGUGCAGCUGGUGGCUGUCCCCCUUGUUCUGGAGAAGCGUGAACACCCGGUCACAGCCCUCUUUGCUAUGGGAACUUGGACACUUUUGUACACAAUGUCGCCGCUGCCCUCAAGUAUCCCCCAGCCCACCCUUUGGCCCUGAGCGCGUGUCGCUGCCAUAUUUUACAUGAGAUCCUGUCGGGGCAGCCCUCAUCCUGUUCUGCCCUCUCCACACUGACCUGGCUUUGACAUCUGCUGGAAGAGGCAAGCCCCCUCCCAACCCACCCCACUCUUACAGCUGCGCCUGACCAAGCAGGAGGAGGCCAGCAGCUGCCACCACAAGACCUGGCAGCACCUGUCCCCUAACCCGUCCUUGCACUUGCCCCUCACCUGGGGUGGCAGCACAGCCAGCUGGACCUCUCAACUACCAGGCCACAUGGUCGCCAUGGGCGUGACAUGCUGCUUUUUUUAAUUUUAUUUUUUUACGAAAAGAACCAGUGUCAACUCACAGACCCUCUGAGAAACCCGGCUGGCCGGGCCCAGCCAGCAGCCCCUGUCCCUAGGCCCAGAGGUUCUAGGUGAGGGGUGGCCCUGUCAAGCCUUCAGGGCGGGCGUAACCCCCUCUCACCAAAGGGUUCACCUCACACUUGAAUGUACAAAACUCCCAGCUGUCCAAAGGCCUCUAGACCCUGCUUCCUGCUACAGUCCUGUCCUGAGCCCUGAAGGUCCCCCUCCACCAAAAGCUGGAACGGGCAGCCCAGAGGGAGAGUCACCUAGGGCCAGUGGGGCAGACAAAAACCUCAAGGAUCUGUCACGGAAGGAAGGAGGGCAUCCUCUCCCUGAUAGCUAACAUAGGCCUGUGUGUGCACUCCACAUCCAUGCUCUACUUCCUCCUCUCAAGACAGCACCCCUGCAAAGGGGCCUGGCAGGAACUCUCCCUCCAGACACAAGAAGAGGAAAAGCAAACAAGGAAGGGAGGGCAGCUUCUCCCCUGCUCCUUUGCCCUAGAGUCCCCACCUCAGUGGCCAGAGCCCAGGCUGGGCCCAUGCCCACCACAGGUACUCCUGGCAAUGGCUGGACCUGCCUCUGCCACCCCUGGCCUGUAAGGAAACACAGGCCCACAGGCAGGCUGGGAAACCAGGCUCUUCUGUCCAUCAUAAUAUUUCCUGCUCGGCUGCCCCUCCCCACCUUUAUAUAAAUUCUCUGGAUCACCUUUGCAUAGAAAAUAAAAGUGUUUGCUUUGUAA